AUGUCCAAAUAUCCUCCAAACCAAGAACUUCCCCCAUUGGGAGCUUUAUGCCUCGAUUACACUGAAGAUAUCCACAGACCUCCUGGAGAUCCUUUGAACCCAGAUUCUUUCGAGUUCCCAUUAGUCCACGCAUUUGUUAAGGAUGCUACUGUUACCAAUGUUGUUUUCAGUGGUGUAUAUGAUGACGAAUUCAUUGCCAAGUUUGUAGAAGGGUGCAAUGAGCUUGAAAGAAAAGGAGCCAUUGGGGUGAUCACCUCAUGUGGGUUCCUUGCUCAACUUCAAAGUAGAAUUUCUGGAUUGAUCAAUAUUCCAAUUGCCUCUUCCAGUUUAUUGCAAAUUCCUUCUGUCAUGGCCCUCUUGCCUCCACAAAAAAAAUUGGCCAUCCUCACGUUUGAUAAAGACAAUCUCGGAAAAGCCCAAUUCGAUGGGGUGGGAAUUCCUGAAGAAUACCAAAAGAGACUCGUGGUAUAUGGUGCUAAAGCCGGUAAACCAUUGAAGAACAUCAUCAUUGAAGGUUCAGGUUAUGUUGCUGAAGAUUUUGAAGCGGAAAUGGUCGAAUUGGCCCAAGAAGCAUUGGCCGAUACUCCAUCUGUCGGAGCAUUUGUGUUGGAAUGUACCCAGAUGCCACCAACUGCCAAGGCAAUUCAAAAGGCCACCGGUUUGCCAGUUUACAAUGUCGUCACCAUGAUUGACUGGUUCUAUAGUGGGUUGGUUCCAAAGACUUUCCCUGAAGAUCCAAACAAGGAAGAAGGGUACAAAACCAAGAAGAGAAGUGCCAAAGAAAAAGGUCCAGGUAAUUAA